GUAGUUGGUGACGUCACCGAGGGGAGCAACGGACACGUCAGUGGAAGUGAGCCAUAACCAGGAAGUGGCUAGUGAGCUUAGCCAGCAACUGAUAAUGAACAGCUGAGGUUCUCCUAUUUCGACAGCUUCAGAAGGGUAUGAUGGGCAGGCAGAGGAAGAGGGUGGUGAUGGGUGAAGCUGCUAGCCUUCCAAGGAAAGAUGAGAAGCCCACCAUAUUUCAUCGCAAGGAGAAGAAAAAGAAAGUUGACACGGGGAAAGUGUUCAUCAACAUCUCCAUUGGUCUUUGCAUAUCCAGCCUAAUCUGGUUCUUCUAUGCCCUCCACAUGAGAUCCGUCCUAUCCAAACGGGUGGCGACUCUGCACUCGUCACCUCCUGUCCUGGAUGCCAAUAGCAGCAGUGCCAAGGUUUCACCAGAAAGGUUCUGGGGCUCGUACAGGCCUCAGGUCUACUUUGGAAUGAAAACGAGGAGUCCCAGGUCAAUUGUGACAGGCAUGAUGUGGAUGCGUCAGUUCUCUGACUUUGACAUGAAUCUAAGGCACACGUGUGAGCAGGGCGAUCAUUUGCAAGGCUAUGGCUGGCUGAUGCAUGAUGGGAUGACCUUUGGUGUACAAGAAAUUCGAGACAACAACUUCACACUCACAACAGAGUUUGUAAAGAGGAUGGGAGGAGAUAAUGGAGGAGACUGGACUUGGAGGAUCACAGCCAAACAGCAUAGCUCUGCUCCCCACCCACCAGUCAUCUCCCUGAUGUUUUACGCUGCAGCAGACACACAGGGCUCACUGCAGGCUCACGUGGAGGAGAGAAAUCGCCUCGCUUCCAUCACUGGUUUCUCGGAGGAACUUGGGAACUUUAAGAUCACCUUCCGAAAGCCUGUGACUGGGGAAUUGUCCAGCGCUAAAUAUGCCAGUUACAACUACCUUCAAACUGUCUCUACUGGCUUGGAGAAGCUGACUGACAUAGUGAAACACAGUCUGAACCGCAGGUUUGUCUACAGCCCUCCUACUGGUGAGAAGAGGCAUUACAUUGCUGUAGACACCUACAAGCCUCCCCACCACCAAAGCCAACAGAAACCUGCUGACACAAGGAAGGAAGGUGACUUUGUUGUUCACCAGGUUACUGUCCAAACACCAUUCCAGAUUGAAGUUUUGUUUGAGUCUGGAAGUUUCCACAGUCGCCCCAACCAACUGGUGGGCUCCAUCAUGACCCAGGAGCUGGAGAAGAGGAAAGCUGAGUUUGACGCAAAGUUUGAGAAAACUUUUGGGCUUGAAAGCAAAGGUUUCAGUCAGGCACAUAUUAAAUUUGCCAAGGCAGCACUCAGCAACAUGUUGGGUGGAAUGGGUUACUUCUAUGGCCAAUCACUGGUACAGUCAGUCUACAACGAAUACCCACUCCUGUACCCAGAAGGUGCUUUAUUCACUGCUGUCCCAUCCCGCUCUUUCUUUCCCAGAGGAUUCCUUUGGGAUGAAGGCUUUCACCAGCUACUGCUGAGUAAGUGGGAUCCCCAGGUAACAAGGGAGGCUAUUGCCCACUGGAUAGACCUGAUGAAUAUGGAAGGCUGGAUUCCUCGUGAGCAGAUUCUGGGUGAUGAGGCUCGUAGUAAAGUCCCAGGUGAAUUUGUCGUUCAGCGGAAUGAGAAUGCCAAUCCACCUACUCUGUUCUUAGCUCUUCAGGAACUUACUGAACAGCUCUCCUUAAAUCCAGACAAGGCAGCUUCUCAACCAACUUUGCCUUUCCUCCGGCGGCUCUUCCCCAGGCUGAAAACCUGGUUUGAAUGGUACAACACCACACAGACAGGGCCCUUACCCAACUCUUACCGGUGGCGUGGGCGUGACAAGGACACCAAUCUGUUCCUCAAUCCCAAGACCUUGACCUCUGGGCUGGACGACUACCCACGGGCCUCACACCCUUCAGCAGAGGAGCGACAUGUUGAUUUGCACUGCUGGAUGGCUUUGUCCUCAGGCAUCAUGGCUCGCAUAGCUCAGCUUCUAGGUGAGCCCCAUGAGGACUACAAACUCUCACACGAUGUGCUCAGUGACAACAACCUGGUCAACAAACUGUACUGGUCAGAGCAACUACGUGCUUUCAGUGACUUUGGCAACCACACAGAGAAUGUAUCUUUAAUGCGGGAGAAGGUGUACGUACCUCCCGGACAGCCUCGUCAUCAGUUCCCUGUGGCACGUCUUGUGCGCUCUGUCCGCAAGAACCCCAAGCCUCAGUUUGUCAAUGCAUUUGGUUAUGUUAGCUUGUUCCCCUUCUUACUGCAUGUCCUCCAACCAGACUCACCCAAACUGGAACAUAUCCUAAAAGACAUGAGAGACUCCAAUAAGCUGUGGACACCCUAUGGCUUGCGUUCACUAUCAAAGACUGAUCCCUUGUAUAUGAGGCGAAACACAGAACACGAUGCCCCCUACUGGAGGGGACCAAUAUGGAUUAACAUCAACUACUUGGCAGUCAGAGCCCUCCACCAUUACAGCAAGACAGAAGGGCCAUAUAAAGAGAAGGCAGCUGCUCUUCACGAGGAACUCAGGACUAACAUUAUCAAUAAUGUUUAUAGAGAGUAUGUUGAAACAGGGUAUGUCUGGGAACAGUAUAACGACAGCACUGGCAGGGGCCAAGGAAGCCACCCCUUCACUGGCUGGUCAGCCCUGACAGUAUUAAUGAUGGCUGAGCAGUAUUGAUACUCUAGAUUUCAUCUCAUAUCUUCUAAGAUACAGGCCAUCAUUUAUCUGUAUGUGAUUGGAACAAAAGUGAGUAUUAGGGGAAGUAAAUAUGGUCUGGUUGACUCUACUAACAGCAUCCAAAUGAGAAGUUGAUUUUUGUAAUUUCUAAGUGAAAGGUGAAGGGCAAGUAAAACAAGUGCAGCUACACUGCCUUUGCUGUGGAGCCAAACACGGUUUAGUGCUUCAGUUAAAUACUUCAGAUGCAUUUUACUUCAUGCAAUUAUUUUGAUGACCACUUCACUUGCUUGCACCUUCACUGCAGACGAGGCCUCCCAGGACUCACCUCAGUUCACGCUGAGUAAUAACUCUCACCCAGUUACCGGCACCGUGUCUUCAGAUAAGAAAUGUGGGUGCUGAAGAAGCAGGGAUGGGCUGAUUUAGACUUGUUUAGAAAAUGUCUGAAUAUUCAAUUUACACGUUUGAAAAAGUUCACUACCAGAGCAUUUAGGUUAUUUAAAGGGAAACCUUUUAAUGGAAGGAAAAUGCAGAUUCACCUCACUAAGGAAAAUUCAUGCUUUCACACUAGAUGAAAGAACAGUUUGAAUUGACCAAUGUUUAAAGACAGGUUUCUUGGAAAAGUUAAACAAGUUGUGCUUUCACUUGAGGAAUAAGGGUCUUUAUCUGUAAUUGUGCCAUUUUCUCUUUGUUCUAUCACGUCUCUGAUUCUCUGUCUUAAUGAUUGAUAAUUUUGAUACUUAAUUGUUAAAUCGCAGUCUUUAAAAAAAAAGUUACAUCCAGUCUUGGUCAAAGUUUCUAAAAUUACUGCUUGCAAAGGCAGCCAUAUUUUAUAUACACAGCCUGUGGUUUGACUGGUGGGGAAUACAAUAUCGACUGUGACAUUGGUUUUGUUUUGUCAAAAACAAUAAAUUUUUUAAAAUA